CUGGCUUGACGCAUUACUACCCUGACCGCCACCCCGUCACCACACACCACAGUCUUGUGAGGCCAUCUCUCUCCCAUCAGAAUCAUUACAGGACUACAAGCAGGGUCCGUGUGGACUACUAAUUGCAGCAACGUGUGUGGCAUUACCUCCGGCCAACGAGGAACUAGAUCAGCUAGUGGUGGGUGAUACCCUGCAGCCAACCACUCAGCCAACUAAGCCAACCAGCCAGCCAUCAGCCAACUACCCCACUAUCCACUGCCAGCCGCCCCGUACAGACAGUCGCUACACGUGUGUCAGGCGUAGAGGAAGCCAGGUUCGCUCGCUCUCCCUCUCUCUCUUUCUACCCAGAUACCGUUCAGCAGACUAUGUUUACUUAGAUCAGUGUGAGUCUUAGAACAGCUAACCGUGUGGAACUUAAUACAGCGCGAGAUUGACUUUUGAAGUGACUGGGGCAGCAGGAAGCCAGUUCAAACACCUGUGUUUCAAGCCACAACAAAGCCCUCUCCAUCACCCUAACUACAGAAUCCUGGAGGGUCAUAGCUUCCCCAGGCUGGCGCUAUUCACAUCUCGGUUUCUGAACAAUAUGGACGUUUUCUCAGUUGUUCUCUAGCAGGAGCUGCAGAGGAGGUCGCCUAGCUAUUGUUACAAACGGACGCGGUUAAGAACAAAGCGACCCACCCGCUCAACAUUAUCCCCGUCCACCACUCGCUAGUUGGUGUGGUGGCCGCUAUCUAGCUGGGCGCUGUUGUCUUCAGCUGUGAUCACUACAAUUGGAUCACAAUGACCUCCACAUCUGCACAAUCAACAAACGUCGCAUUUCCGUCCACGGAAGCAGGCAAAAUGGUGACUGAAGGCAAGAUGAAUACCAGUCUUGUGAUGGAGGACAGUCCAGAGGUGCUCCACCAGCGCCUCGGUCAGCUCAACCAGCUCAGGAAGAGCAGACAUUUCUGCGAUGUCAUCCUCCAGGUUGGGAGCUCUGAGAUACAUGCUCAUCGGUCUGUCCUGGCUUGUGCCUCUCCAUAUUUCUUUGAGUUGUUCACGUCUGAUGAUGACCGCAAGACUGCACAUGAAGGAAGACUGAUGUACAAGCUGAGUAGUGGCUUCGAGAGAGACUCUGUGGAGAGGCUUGUGAACUAUGUCUAUACUGGAUGUAUGGAAGUGCCUGACCAACUUGUCAAGACUGUUUUUAUUGCUGCCAGGAAACUUAAGAUGGAAACGGUUUCUCGUGCCUGCGGUGAGCAUCUGGUGGCUCAUUUAACGCCCGAAUCAUGUCUAUCAGUGAGAGCCAUUAAUGGUAUUGCUUCCAAUGCUGCGCUUGUCAACCGUGUUGAUGAGUACAUUCAGCAAGUUAGUGAUCUGGUGCAAGUGACAAGGGAUGCCUUGGGCAUACCAAAGAUCCAGGUUUCAGUGAUACACAGGACACAUGAUGAAGCUGCCAUUACUGGUCGUGCUCUUUGUAACCUUGUUUUGGAAUGGGUCAAAAAGCAAAUGGUUGAGGAGGACCUUCAUUUGGACCUAAUGAAAGAAAAGAAACAUAUGCUGUAUCUGAAUAUUGAUAAUUCACUGCAUGACUGUUCUGACAUCCAGUCAGGUGAUCUCAAUGAUUCUGAUAUGGUUCAAGACUACAAGAAGAUGUCCAGGAAACUCUCCCAGACCAAUAUUAAGAUGCGAAGAAAGUCAACAACGCCACAACCUGUCAAGCCCCGCCUGAUGCUGUACUCUCGUAGCAUCUCUGAUAAGGAUGAUUCAGAGCAAGAUUCUGAUUGGAAAUUGAUUGCCUAUGCUCAAGUCUCGGAGAGUUCAUGGGUAGCUGUGGUGACAUUAAAGGGAUCAGUCACUGUAAUGUCAGUGCAACAAAAGAUGGGAAGCUCAUCACCGACUCACACUCCAAUUUCCUCACGUCCAGCUUCAGUGGAGAAGGUUGAUUAUUACACAGUUAUUCCUCAUAUGUCGUCUCCAAAAUGUGCAACUGGCACAGGGAAUUUAAAUGGUCAUCUUUUGGUCUGUGGAGGAUAUGAUCGUGGUGAGUGCCUACGGACUGUUGAAGAUUACAACCCAGAGAUGAAUGCCUGGACCAUACAGCCUCCUAUGCAUCAGGGUCGUGGACGGUUCGAUUUGACAGUUCUAAAUGGAAAAGCAUAUGCUAUUGGUGGCUGUGAUGGUUCUAAGGAGCUCAGUACUGUAGAGGUUCUAGAGGAAAACGCCAAGAAAUGGAGCAGUGUGGCACCUCUACCCCUGGCUCGCUCUAACACUGGUGUGUGCAGUUUAGAUGGGAAAGUCUUCUGUAUAGGUGGCUGGAAUGGUCAGUACGGCAUAAAGCAGUGUGACAUGUAUACUCCAGAGACUGAUAUAUGGCAAACCAUUGCUUCUCUUCAUAUUGGUCGGUACCAAGCUGGAGUGGCUGCAUAUAAAGGAAUGGUGUAUGCCAUUGGAGGCUGUGACUCCUGGAACUGCCUCAACUCCGUUGAGGUGUACGACUCUAGACUUGACACGUGGCGGUUUGCUGCUCCCAUGACCACUCCAAGGCGAGGAUGUGGUGCUGAAGUUUUCAAAGGUAAACUGUAUGUAAUGGGAGGAUCAGAUGGGACCCAUAGCCUGUGUACAACAGAGAUCUAUGACUUGGAGACAAAUACCUGGAUGCCUGGGCCAUCAAUGACUACAUGCAGAGCAAAUGUUGGUGUAGCUGUUGUGAAUGGAAAGCUGUAUGCUGUUGGAGGAUUUUCAGGCAAGAACUUCCUUAACAGCAUAGAGUACCUAGAUCCUGCAACUGAUGAAUGGACCAACUUCACUCCAAAGCCGGAAGUGAUUAGGAAUGGCAUUGAUAACUAUACGAAGAGAAGUGGCUAUAGAAAUGAAGAAAAUAGCCAGGCUGUUGAAAGUGAUGGUACGCAAGGCAGUGAUCAUGAAGAUGCUGUUGAGCAUGAAGCUGUAGCAAAUGGCCAUCAUGUGGCAGAGAAUGGUUGUAAUGGUCUCCCAAAUGGUGUACAUUCAAUUGCCACUAAUGGCCAUUAAAGUUUUCAAUGUAAUGCUACCCCAUAAUUAGAGACACUAUGGGGGUCUUCCCUCAGGUUAAAGAGCAUCAUUUAAUAUUAUUGGGCUCAUUUCAGAAAAUAUAAUAAUUUUUUAUUCUGCUGUUUAAUCACUAAAGAGGAGAUUAUACAAGUCUUUUGUUUGUAAGUAAACACAGUAUAGUAUAGCCUGAUAGAUCAGCUAAGAAAGAUGGCAUUUUUGCAGUGUAUUGUUAUUGAAACUUUCUUCAAUUUGCAUCUUGCGCAAAACUUCCCCCCUUUGGAAGUAGGUGCCUUCUUUCCCCUCACCGAGUUUGUACUCGGCCAGCUUUGAUGAAAUGGUAAGUUAUAGAGAGAAAUGACAGCUGCAGAAUAUUCAGAUCAUUAGACCUGAUUUCUAUUCUUAAUUGAUUCAUGGGCUUGGGGUCAAGCCACUUGCUUACGAUAUUAAUUUCCCAUACAGUAUACUGUACUUUACCUAAUAUUGAUAUUAAAUAAUUUAUAUUUUACCUGUGCUGAAAAUGGAGUAUUAAGAGUUAAAAUCUUAUCUUGUGCCUCUUAUUAUUUUUUCUUGGGUAAUUAAAAAUGUUUGCAUUAUGUUUCCAAUAUGGUUCAAGGGAUCAAUUUUACUGUAAGCCAUUUACAUAUAAUUUUAGCUAAGUUGACACUGUACCCAAAACUUAAACAAGUGUAAAACGAGUGCCAAAAUAGAUUCAUGGGCGACUCUUGCAACUGGAUUAAUGGCAGUGCUGACACUUUUUCCAUGCUCUAAAAUUUAAAGAUAAAGGAAUAAAUGCGAGAUGUAAAUUAAUAACUACUGUAUUGUGAGAUGUAAAUUAAUAACUACUGUAUUAUAAAAUAAAUUCUAAUAUACUCUAUGCUCUUUUUUUUUUUUUUAAAUAGUUUUGUUGUGUUGGAUGCUUGUGAUAGUUUUUGCACCGUUUUCUAAAGGUUUCAAUAAUUUACGAAGAGCUGGGGAGAAAAAGUUCAAAUAGCAUUUGCAGAACCUUUUUGGAAGUCUCAUCAAUGUGGAAAUAAAGUAAAAGAUUGACUUUUGAGAAAUCAUUACUGUUUUUCUGCUAAAGUUAAUCUAUGGUGGAAACUGCUUUUCUUGUGAUACACAAACUCCAGGGGCAGUAAUUUCAAGAACAGUUUAAUGUCAGUAUUUCAACAGGUGGCAAUGUAAGUGCGUAUAAACAUAAACCAGAUCCCCUGUUUACAUCUCUUAAGAGAAGUUAUCUUGUCAAGUUAAGUGAGAUUAUAAGGAAAACGAAGUAUAUCAUGUUUAAGCUCUAGUAAAUAUUAAUUAAAUUUGCUUGCCAAAUCCUCCUCCGUCCAACUAUUCCUGCUAUCUUUAUACAAGUGUCUUAAAUAUCUUCUUGCUAUCUCCAAGUGCGAGUUGCUCAUUGAUGAAAUUUUAGCACUUGAUGUUUGGUGGUAUACAGUAGAAAUAUUUCAUGGCAUUUUAUUUAUAUAUAUAAAUAACUAGAAUAUUAAUUGCAUUUAAUGAUAGUGUGAUAUACACUGUAGUUACCUAUACACCUAUAGUACAUUAUAGUCACCAGGAUAUGGUAAAUAAAACCUUACAUAUUUAGGAUUAUAUUUCAUGUAUUUGCAAAAAUUAUGAAUUCUGUAUUCAUUUUUUAUACUUAUUUAAUUUAAGAUGACUAGAUAAGAUAUUAUGAGGCCUGAACAUUAGUCGUGUAAUUUUCCAGAGUAAACGAGAUUUUUUUUUUUUUUAUAAUUUUGCUGCAUAAUAACUAUUAUUGAAUUCUGAAGCUCAAGUGAGUGGGAAUGUUCCAACAGUCAUAUCAUAAGAAUUUUAAGAGAAAAUGUACAUCUUUUUGUAUGAAAUAAAUCCAAUUUUUCUUUUUUGGACAUGGGAGUUUUUUAAUAAUUAUUGUAAGGUUAGGUUCUGCAUUGUAGAAUUGCCUAAAUUACAUUAUAUAAGUAAUUUACAGAUGUUUACAACUAAAUUAAUUUGCUAUUGUAUUUGUUUUAGACAAAAAAAAAAAAAAGGCAAAAAGUAUAUUUCAUUUUAAACCACAUCAGUUUUCCCUUAAAAAGGGACAUAUAUUUAAUUUGUUAGUAUAAAUAAUCAUUGUAAUUGAUCCUCAUAUCACAUUGCAUAUGUCCAAGAUGCACCUUUAGUGGUUAGUACAGUAGUAUCUUGACGACUUGCUGUGAUGUGUUGCUACCAACUCUAGUUAAAAUGAUAAACACACCUCUUGUUUAUAAUGCAUGCCAGCAUGAGCAAAUGUAAAUCAUAUACUUGUGGAAGGUUAUAUAUGACAGUUUCUUUCCAGUACUGUACUAUAUUCUAUACUAUAAGCCUGAACCUUAAUGCUUUAUUAAACACAUUUGCUCAAAAUGUCAUAUUUUUACCUGUGUAUAAAUUUGUAUCUGCAAUCAGAAUGGUAUAAGGAACUUAGUACCAAAAUACAAUGCUUAUUGAAGCCACUCCUAUGAAGUACAUGCAUAGAUUUUAUAAUGUGAUGUCAUUUUCGAACUUGUUGGAGUUGGGUGACUGCAUUAUCAAAGAUAACACGGUCUGUAAUAUGUAAAUAAAUAUAAGUAAAUACCAUACCAUUUGACAAAUUUCAUCAUUGUACAAAUACUUGGUAAACAAGGAAGGAAAGCUAUACAUUUUUUAUUGAAUUGUCCUAGAAAACUGAUAUAAAAAAAAGACCUAAUGAAGCAUUUAUACCAUAGAUUUUAACAUUACUCCAGUUUAUUUCUAUGACAAUUUUUGCUAUAGCAAUUUAAAAUUAAGGAUUUUUUUAUUGGAAAACGAUGAAUUUUAGAGCAUAUUUAUUGUUAAAGAUGGUAUAUCUAGGAAAGAUUUGUUUGUUAGUAUCAACUUUAGGUAGCAGAUACUGGGAAAUUCAAUUCCUCUACUUAAGAGUAUAGACACUGCAAUUGUAAUAUUAUAUAUUUUGUAGAGGACAGUGAUGCAGUGUAUCAUCCCCUUAGGAAUAUAGAUGUGGAUCAAUUCACUUUUAAAUCAAGAUCUGGUCUUCAUGGCUACGAUUGAAAUAUACCUCACUUUUUAUAUUUAAACACAUCUUAGCAAAGAAAAAUAUUGAAACCUAGAUACUAGAUAUGCCAUGGUUUCUUCAGUCUUGUAUGAUAUGAGAUUAACGAUUCCUGUGAUAAAAGGGUAUAAAGACUUUCUGGAAUGAUAAAAUCAAUACCUGGAGUUAUUUAUCAAGUUAUUUAUAAACUGACUAGCUCAUUGUGAGUUAUGCUGGAUAAUUGUUAUAAAGCAGAGUAAGGAAUAAGGAUAAAUUUAUUUUUUCAAGUAUACCACAGGAUAUACUUUUUUUUUUUUUUUAAUUUUUAAAAUAUAAACAUGUUUACUAACAUGCCCGUUUUGCAUUCGGGCAAAAAAAAAAAAAAAAAAAAAAAUAAAUGUUGAUAUUUGUAUAAAGCAAGUCAGCAUUUCAAAUUGGGAUUUGCUGGUCACCCAAAACAAUAUAUUUUGUACUAUAUUAAACCACUGUACUUGGUCUGGUCUGAUGGUUUACUCCUCUUCUACUGAUUAUAUAUCUACCACAUUGUACAUUUAAAACAUUAUCUAUAUAUGACAAUGGAAA